CUGCUGAGGAUGUCACUCAGCGACAGAGCUGUCCAACAUCCCCUGAAACGAACGGCUACGUUAACGGAAUAUAAGUUUAGCACAGGCGCGCGCAACAAACCAGGAUGAAACAACGCACAAAGCGCGAGAAGGCAGAAGAGCAGCGCGCGCUCAAGGUAAGUGGGAACCCUGUAUUGGUUUUAAUCAAAUCAUUCAUUGUGUAAUUUGUAAAAUUCGAUGCGUUUGUGGUUUGUUUUAAUAGGUGUUCCAGGUAUUGAGGUUUUGUCGAUUAAUUCUAUAUUUUUUGGAGCAGGGUAUGUGUGUGUGUGUGUGUCAGAGUUUGAGUCUCUCCCUUUCAGGCCAAGCUGUAGUAUUACAUAAGCGGAGAAGCGCGGAUUCAGUCGCUUUGCUACUAGCCUGAACGAUGGUGGUGCAUGGGCUAAUCCAGUCCUGCAGAAUGGAGUGAAGAAGUAAAGACUGCUUAUCUUCAGGACUAAUUUUCAGCCCUCGCCUUGCCUCUCUUUCUGCCUCCAGUACCCACAAUGCCCCAGGAGGCGAGUUGUGUGGGGAGGUGUGCUGCCCUUCCUGGCAGUAAAAAUUCCAAGGACAAAAGCAACAGUGCUUCCCUGCUGUCCAGAACAAAAGGUCACACAGUGCAGAUGACGAAUGGACGGAACUCCCGCUGCAGUUCUGAGAAAGACUCAGGUUACUCAGAUGCUGGAUCUGACUAUCAGCAGACAGAUGUAGAUGAUCAACACAGUACUGUGACUGAGCUGAAGGCUCGUAAACCUCAGAAUACAGGAGAUCAGGGGAACCACAUCCUGGUAUCGGGACAAGCAGAGUUCACUCCUAUGUUUAUCAUCAAAAAUGUAGUUUUAAAACAGUCGGGACAGUCAGGACAGGAUCAGGUUCUCCAAUCUUUGUGGGGAUCGGAGAACACUAAUGCUCAAAGUAAUCUCUUGUUGCUGCAGCAGCCUGGCAUCACUGUCUCUCCACUCCAUGUUCUUACACCACAGUUACGAAGAGCUGAGAGCAAGAACAGAAAGAGCAAAAAUGCAUACCUCCCCAUCCUCAACUCGUAUCCCAAAAUUGCUCCCAAUCUGAACAAAAAAAAACCAGAGAAACCCCCAGCCAGAAGGGAUGGCAGUUCAGAGGAGCACAGCCUGAGUAAGAGGGUAUGUACUGAAGAAACUAAAGAGGAGGUAUCUGUAUCCACACAAGUGUCUGAGAAGCAUGCAAACAAGCAGCCUGAGAGCCACUCGCAAUCUGACUCUAAUUCCUUCUUACAUUCGAGUAGUGACUUAGAACAGAGGAGUUCAUGCCUCCUGCCUCCAGAAUUAAAAAUCAUGGGCACAUCAGCCUUCACGAGCUGGUCCUCUGUUUCCAGUUCAAAGACUUCCUCUUCAUCCUUUCCAGCUUCUUGCUCUGAACCUGCAGCACUUUUGCUCCCCACCAGUAAGGUGAACCUUUCAGGAGGCUCAGUCCCAGACUCUAACAUUGGCUUGACAAAGCACCGCCGCUUCCUCAACACAGUGGAGAUAUUGAGCCAGUCAGGGCUGCUGGACAUUACACUAAGAACACAGGAGUUGCUCCGCCAGAGUGCUGCUACAGAGCAAAACAUUGCUCAGCUGCGACAACAUACACAUCUGCUGCGCCAGGCUGUCCAUGCAGGUUCCAACGUGCCCACUUUGGAGAAAGUACACCGAAUCAUGGUGGAGUCUGGUUGCUAUCCAAAUCUCAGGAGCUUGCUUUUUAUGGGCAGUGAUAAUGGAGAGCUUGAGGCUGACAGCAGUUCCAGAAUUGAUGCCAUGAUCACCUACAGAUGUGAGUUUAAUGGGCAGGAAGGAGUUGCACCUCCGUCCCCACUUCUCACCACUGAGCCAGUCAGGGAAGGCAGAGAUUUACCAUCAGCAAAUCAGCAGGACUCAACAUUUGGCAUGGACUGGUUGAUGGCCCAUGGGAAGCACCCGCUUCACAAAAAGCUUCAUGUGCCUCCAGACAGCUCAACUUGUGUGGUGGCCGCUGUAGAAACUUACACCGACUAAUACUCACUGAGUUAAAUACUGUAAUUUAACUCAAACAUACAUACACAAACAUACACAAACAUACAUCCAUUGAUUGCUCGCCUUCAAGUCAGGGAGUGCUGGCCUUCACUUUGGAGAAACAUUUUAGGUGGCAUGUUGAAGUCAUAAAUUAAUUUAAGAAUGAGCCACUUCAUGAUAAGCCCUGUUUUUGUGUUUUCGCAAUUUAUAGUAUCUCAGGGUAUUCACAAGCAUUGCAUUACUUUCUUGACCUCUUAAGUUUUGUUUGAUUUCAAAUUGUAGUUCUUAUGCAUCCACUUAUUAUUUUAAUUUCUUUACCUCAACGUAUUAAAUGGCACAGUCAGGCCUGGACAGGCCAUCGGGAGACUCUGGAUAACUCCCGGUGGCCUGGCCUUUCUUCUGACUUGAAAUUGUCCUAUUCUGUCCUUAGCGGCUGACAAUUGCUGUAGAUCCUAGAAAUUGUGUUCUGUCAAUAAAAUCAAAUUAAAACAUAGCUAACGUUACCCAAAUUAACUACAACAUCACCAUUUAGCAAGUAAAACCACAGCUGGCUGCUUAAUUAUUAGCUGAUACAAUAUUUUUGUUACAGGUGGUUUUGAAAGUGGAUCAUUUUUAAGACUGACUCGCUAAAACUGAACACUUUCAACAGGGCUGUAACUAUGUAGCCAGCAGGUAUAAUUUAUAAUAAAAACUGAAAGUAGUUUAUAACAUUUGUUAGUGAGUGGCUGCUAGUUUUUGUUGUUGUUUUUUUUUUAGCAUUUUGCAAGAUAUAUCAGAAGAUAGGUCUACACUUAAUGAUCAUACAAAAACAGGUAGCAUAAUUACAGGUACAGGGCAGACAGAAAGCAAAUAAAUAAAUAAAAGAAAUGCCCUGAACAAAUGAAAUUCUGUGAUUUGAUCUUGUAUUGUUACAUUUACUUUAUUUGUUUAGUUAUUGUUAAAAGUAAUGUAACAUCUGUUUUUCUUUAGAGAUAGAGUCACCAAUUGAAUAAUUGAGAAUUUUUGAAACAGGAAAACUGUCCAUUCUGAGAUACUUUUCUGGAUCUUCUAACCCGUAGAUAUUUUAGUUACUGGAGGGUUCCUUGUCAGCUUGAACCAGUUUGCCCAUUAUCCUUUGACCUCUCUCAUUACCAGUAUAUUUCUUUAUAGGUUUAUGGGCAUCAUUCUGUAUAUAACCCAAUUUAGUGACAAUUAUCCAAGCCACAGUCAACGUUACUGAAUCACUUUUUUCUCCUCAUUCUGAUAGAUAAUUCUGAUCACCCUUGUUUACAUGCUUUUAUGCAUUGAGUUGGUGCCACUUUAUGAGAUGUUUGAUUAAAUGAGCAGAUAUAUGGGGAUUGCUGAUAAACUGGUCAUUACAGUAGGUGGUCAGUGGUCCCCAAUUUAGUUGUGCGAGUAUGGAGUUGCAUAAGCGGAUCUCUUGGUGUGAAUUUUUGUCCCAGUCCAGAUCUAAGCACAAGAGACGACUAUUAAUUGUUUUAAAUUCUACAAUAGAAAAAACUACACUGUCUUUGGUAUAUCCCUUUCCUAAGAAAAAUACACUCUAUUAUGUACUAUACUUAUGUAUUAUGCUUUUGGCAUCCAUAGUAAUUUAGUCAUUGCAUUGUGGUCUAUUUAUCAUCAGCAUUACAUGUGACUACAAAUAGGUCUUUUGCCUCUACAUCACGAUAGCCUGCUGGUGCUACAUGACAUGCUGUAAGUACUGGGAUAAAAAGUCUCCUCAUACAUGGACAUAACACUAAAAAUGUAAACUCUUCUAAAAGGUUUUGCAAUAGAUCUUCUUAGUAUAAUAUUUUCUAUGACAUCCAUUCCACGUUUGUUAAAAGUCUUGUUCUGUGCUAGAAACUGUAAUAAUUAAUGUUAAUAAGGAGUAAUAACUGGCUGUACAUCUGAAUGUUAAAUGAUUUUUUUUUAUUAUUAUUUUUGAUUCUCUGUGAAACACAAAGGUUUACUAACGUUUUAAAACUGAUCAUUUCUUCAAUCAUGAACCAUGUAAUAAUACUCUAUGUGAUUAUACAUGUCUAUAUGUCUAUAAAUGUGAUAAUAAAUGUUAUACAUGAUA